UCCCUGUCUCCAUCUCAACCUACUGUCUGCCUCUUGCAUUUCCACAAAAGCCCUAAAACUGUUUCUCUCUCUCUCUCUUGAAAGUAAGAGGACUAACAGUUCAGUGAAGAAGAAGAGAUGAGUUGCUUCCCCCAUUUUGGGAAAGCAAAUCCUCAAGAAUCCACCAAGCAUUUCACAGUCUUCUCACAACUUGAGUUGUUUUAGUAUUCAUCAAACAGAAAACAGACAGCAAGAAAAGAAGAAUUCCCAAUAGGGAUCUGAUCACUUCUCUAUAUCUUCUCCUCCAUCCAUCAUUCAUUCAUUCAUCCAUCCAUCCAUCCAUCAGUCAAUUACAUACCCUAUUUUAACAUCCUGACUCUCUCACCAAAAUGGCAAUCUUCUCAUAUAUCAAUCAAGAAACCCUGCUUUUCUUCUUCCCCUUUUAGUUCUGAUCUUGUUCGAUCACUAUGAUUGUGUGUUUGAUAGCUCCACUGCCACACAAAGGUCUUAUCAUUGCAUCACAACUACUCUUCUAUAAAUUCGUCAUCCUUCUUGCUCCUCUACUCCUCACUCACCUAGAACACCAUCAUUGUUCUUGAUUUUUCUGCCAAACCCUAGAAAGACUUGUUGGAUUGUUCACAGUUCCGUAGAAAACGAAAACCCUUUUGUCUGAAUAUAAAUUUUUUACAGGGCAAAAGCUGUUUUUUUGACAGUUUUUUGGGUGGAUUUAUGGAUUCAUCAUCUUUUCCUGAAAUCGAAAGCUCCAACUCUGAGAACAGCAGCGUCAACACCGGCAACACUUCCUCCUCCGCCGGCACGUCUUCGUCGGGCUCCACUCUCAGCCGCUACGAGAACCAAAAACGCCGCGACUGGAACACCUUCGGCCAGUACUUAAAGAACCACCGCCCGCCGCUCUCCCUCAGCCGCUGCAGCGGCGCCCAUGUCCUCGAAUUCCUCCGCUACCUCGAUCAGUUCGGCAAAACCAAAGUCCACACCCCAAUCUGCCCCUUCUACGGCCACCCCAACCCUCCUGCCCCCUGCCCCUGCCCGCUCCGCCAGGCCUGGGGCAGCCUCGACGCCCUCAUCGGUCGCCUCCGCGCUGCCUACGAGGAAAACGGCGGCAAGCCUGAAACCAACCCUUUUGGAGCUCGAGCUGUGCGUCUCUACCUCCGGGAAGUCCGUGAUUUGCAGUCAAAGGCUAGAGGAAUCAGCUACGAGAAGAAAAAGAGGAAGCGCCCACCACAGCAGCCAACUGCCGGGUCGUCGCCUCCUGCACAACCCCCGCCGCCGAGCGAAGUUUGUAGGUUCGAGGGUUGCUCUUUUCUUGAUAACAAAACCCAAAAAAGAAAAAAAAAGAAAAAAGAAACUGUAGCAGUGUCGGGAAGUAUGAUCAGAAGCAGCAGUUUCAGACCAAAGUAGUUGUUGUUCUAAAAUGUUGUAGGAUGGGAGUAAUUAAUUAAUGUACCCUCAUUCUUAGAUUCUGUGUUUUUUUCGUUACCAUGCAACCCAUCGAUCCAUUUUUCAAAUUCCAGUGCUGUUAAUUGAGUGCUUUGUCUUUAUCAUAA